AUUGUUCUUUCCAGAAGAACCUCGGAAGUAUGUUCCUCAGCACGUGUUUUUUUGAUCUGGAAUUAAACUUUGAAGAUUUUUGAUUCAAAACAUUUUGAAAUUUGGUUUGAUGAGAUUUCAAAAUAUCAGUUAAUCUAUUUUUUGUGUUUGGGUUUGUUAAUUGUUCUGGUAUUGUUUGUUUGGUAAUUAGAAUAAAUUUCUGGCUGCCUAUAUAUUUUUGGAUCUUUUAAUAUUCUUUCCAAUCAUGACUGUAAUAAAAGUCAAAAGUAACAAAGAACUUCCUCCCCAAAAGAUAUAUUAUUUACCUGAUCAAAUCUCUCCUGAUUCUACUGAGCCUUAUAACUCUCACUAUGGUGCUGGCAUUCCAAUCGCAAUUGAUUUUGGAACAUCUGAUAUGAGAAUUGGGUUAACAAAUAAUUUGUCUCCUUCAAAUAUCUUUCCAUCUGUAAUUUCUCGGUAUAGAGAUCGUAAAUUGGCUCAAACUUUAACUUUUGUCGGCUAUGAUGUUUACCUAGAUUCAAGUUUUAAAUCCUCAUUAAAGACUCCAUUUGAUGGCCCUCUAAUAACUAACUGGGAUUAUGUGGAAUGGAUGCUAGAUUACUCCUUUCAUCAUAUCGGUGUUGAUUCCGAUGGUUUUGUUGAUAAUCCUAUAGUUAUGUCAGAAUUAUUAGGUGCCCCUUCACAGCAAAGAAAAAAUAUGUUGCAAUUAUUAUUUGAAGCAUAUAGAGUACCAAAAGUUACAUUUGGCAUUGAUGAUUUAUUCUCCUAUUAUCAAAAUAAUGGUAAAAAUGGUUUAGUGAUUGGUGCUGGUAAUCAAGCUAUAAAUAUCAUCCCCGUAAUAAACUCAAAACCAAUUUUAACUGAAGCUAAAAGAAUCAACUGGGGUGGCAGUCUGUGUGUUGAUUACUUGUCAAAAUUGAUUAAUCUAAAAUAUCCUUAUUUUCCAUCAAAGAUAAAUAAUCAUCAGUUUGAAAUCCUAAUGAGAAAUCAUUGCUAUGUAUCAAAAGAUUAUCAAGAAGAGAUAAACCAUAUUUUUGAUUUGAAUGUACUAGAAAAAACAGAUGUCUUAAUUGAAGCUCCAUAUGUUGAAAAUGUCCAGCCUAUUAAAACCGAAGAAGAACUAAAAAGAAUAGCCGAAAAGAGAAAAGAAAGUGGUAGAAGAUUACAAGAACAAGCUCAAAAAUCUCGUCUAGAAAAAUUAAUUCAAAAGGAAAAAGAUUAUGAAUAUUAUACAAAAUUAAAAAACAGUUUAGAAGAAUUAAAUAAAAAACAAAUAAUUCAUACUUUAGAAGCUGAAGGCUUUGAUGAUGAAUCUGAUUUUAAAAAAUAUUAUAAUAAUUUAGAAAAAUCAAUUAAAAGAGCAAGAAAAGCUGAUAUAGGUGGAAACAAUGAUGAGAUCGAAUCUGAAACCCCACCUGAAUUCCCAUUAGUCGAUAUUCCCGAUGAUCAAUUAACUGAAGAUCAAAUAAAGGAAAAAAAAACUCAAAAGUUUCUUAAAGCAAAUUAUGAUGCUAGGAAGAAAGCACACGAAGAAAAAUUAUUGGAAAAGAAAAGAUUAGAAGAAUUGGAAAUUCAAGAAGAAAAAUGGAGAAAAGAAGAUCUUAAUGGCUGGAUUCAAGACAAAAGAAAAAAAUUAAAUUCUGUACUAAAGAAAAAAAAAGAUAGAAAAAAAUUAAGAGAAGAAUUAAAUGAUAGGAAAUCUCAUGCUGCUCAGAUAAGAAUGAAAAACAUAGCAGUUUUGGCUGCAGAAAAUUCAGUUCCAAAUACAUCGGGAAAUAAUACUAGAAGCUCCAAGAGAAAGAGAACUAUUACAAUAGAUAAUGAUCCCAAUGAUACAUUUGGAGCUAAUGAUGACGACUGGGCAAUUUACAGAGAUAUUGCUAACGUUGAAGAUGAAGAUGAAAUUGAGGAAGAAAAUCAGUUAAUGUUAAAAUUAGAAGCUGAUUUGUUACAAUAUGACCCCAAUUUUUCAAUUGAAAAUACUUAUGAUUCUCAAUUCAACUGGAGAAAAAGUAUAAUUCAUAAAUUUUUAAGAGGUCCAAGAGAUUAUGAUUCAGAGAAAACACAGCACCAAUAUCAAUUUCAUAUGAACAUAGAAAGAAUAAGAGUUCCAGAGACAAUGUUUCAACCAUCAAUUGUCGGUGUGGAUCAAGCAGGUAUAUCUGAGUUAAGUGAAAAUAUUAUUGUUAAUAGAUUGCCCAGUGAGGGAUUUUAUUCUAAAAAUGAAAUUGAAAAAGCCCCAAUCAUUAAUGAUAUAUUUUUAACAGGAGGGCUAUCUCAUUUUAAAAAUUUUGAUGAAAGACUAAAAAAUGACUUUACAUCUUUCUUGCCUGUUAAUUCCAAAAUUAAUAUCAGAAGAGCUAUUGAUCCAAGAUUGGAUGCGUGGAGAGGAAUGGCCAAAUUUUCUAAUAAUAUUGAUUCUAAAAAUGCUUUUAUAACCAAACAAGAAUAUGAAGAAAUGGGGCCAGAUUAUAUAAAAGAACAUAAUCUAGGCAAUUUUGGAUAUUUUUAAUGCAGUUUUAAGUUUUC